GGCCUGAGUCCAGGCGCGCUCUCGGUUACUUUCGCACCCGCCGCGGCGCCGGGAGUUCGCAGCUCGCCACUCCGCGUUGCUAUCGCAGCCGCCGUCGCCCGCCGCCGUCUCCCGCCAGGUUUCUGCGCGCCGCAGCUUCGCUCCAAUCCCUGCACCCGGCCCGGGACGCGCUCGGUCUGUCUGGGCAGAGUGUCCCCCCUGCGGCUCCGCAGUGAUGGCCACCAAGAUUGACAAAGAGGCUUGCCGGGAGGCGUACAACCUGGUGCGCGACGACGGCUCGGCCGUCAUCUGGGUGACUUUUAAAUAUGAUGGCUCCACUAUCGUCCCCGGCGAGCAAGGAGCAGAAUAUCAGGACUUCAUCCAACAGUGCACAGAUGACAUCCGAUUGUUCGCCUUUGUACGCUUCACCACCGGAGACGCCAUGAGCAAGAGGUCCAAGUUCGCCCUCAUCACAUGGAUCGGCGAGAACGUCAGUGGGCUGCAGCGAGCCAAGACCGGCACAGACAAGACCCUGGUGAAGGAGGUCGUGCAGAAUUUCGCUAAAGAGUUUGUGAUCAGUGAUCGGAAGGAGCUGGAGGAAGAUUUCAUCAAGAGCGAGCUCAAGAAGGCCGGGGGAGCCAAUUAUGACGCCCAGACGGAGUAAUCCAGCCCUCCCCCUGCCCCUUGCCAAAGUCAUUUGCCUGCUCUCCAGGGGAGGGGACCGUGGCCUCUGCUACCAGCCCACCAGCCCACCAGGGAGAGGAGACGCAAUGAGAGGCAACACCCGCCACCCUGUCUGCAACCCACUCCCCUUCCCUGCUUCCCUCAUGAGUCCUGCUAUGUCCUCUCUCGCAAAGCUCAUGGAACAUCUUUCUUUUCUCUUCUUUUCUCUCAUCCCUCUCUUUCUUGUUCUGAAGAAAAUCAUUGUGAUGCCAAGAUCAUGCACAUCAUCAGAUCUGAGGCACCUCCUGUGGUGACCCCUUUCUCUUAGCCUGCCUGGCCUCCUCCGCCACCACCUCAUGUUGCUUCUGGGCCAGUGCUGCCACCCCGGUUUUCCUUGGCUGGCCCGCCUGCUUCCCGCUGAGGAGGCAGCUGUGCCCGAGCCACAUCAUCCACGCGGCCUUCAUCAGCACACGCACCCACCCACGUGUCAGGCUCAGACCUCAGUGUGCUCCCGGGCCCGCCCCCACCUCAUUCAGAGUUGCCUAAGCCACAGAGAUGGGGCUUGGCGGUGCAAAGCCCAGG